GUCCAAUACAGUACAAGUACAGUGGGGCCGCCUAGAAUACGAUUCAAUUCUACAUCUAUUUUGCGUAUCGCCUUUCCUCGUUAUUGUAUUAGCGUCUCAUCAAAUUCAAUUGUGGACACGUAAAGCUUCCCCCUUAAAAUUAUUCACUCGUCCGGCUUUAACAUUAAACCACGAAUGUAUAUCAAUGCGAUACAAUAGAUGAAACCAUUACUAUCACCAUUUCUUUAGUAUGUAAAGCAGGUACAUAUCUGAAGUGAUUGGCUUGAAGAGAGAGUGUUCGGUUGGUGAAAAACUCCCGUUGUGCAGCUGUUAGUCCGCCUAUUUAGCAUUUACUCACCACUCAUAGCCAAGGCUCCUUCAGUUAUACCCUCCUUACUGUAAAAAUAUGCAAAUAUUUAUGUAGAUCCAGAUCUCUAACCAAGAUUUACCAAUUGGUAUAUGUGGCAGCAUUGGCCUAGAAUAUUUUAGAAAACUGUGAUUUACUAUACCUUUCUAUUUGUUGAGAUUGAUAUACAGCAUAUCCACAUGUCUAUCUGACGUUGACGUUGGUAUAUAUACAGGAUUACAGGACUCGUUGGAUCUCCCUGAUCAAGCAAUCAACUACUAAAUCCUUGUUGUAUUUCCUAGAUACGUAAGUAUUUUGCGCAGACAACAUUUUAAUAGAACCAGGUACGUAAUGAGGCAUUGCUACUUAGGUAGCUGUGCGCCCCUGACAUGCGUGUCAAGUAUUUCUGCGCUGAUAAUUAUGUUGCUUACCUCCGCGGAAUUAUUACUUGCCGGCCCUCAUUACGGGGAUAAACACGGCAGAUACAGUUUACAUACCUGGGCGUAUAAAUCCUUGUCACUGGCUUUCCCUGCUGCGCUUAUGGUUCACUUUCGUCGAGCACGGAUGAGUUUCUGAUUUGGACAUACAGGUAUUAUCCAAAAUUAUAUAAUCCAAUGGACUGUAGAAAUUGAUUGACACAUUGGGAAUGAUUAUUAAGUGAAUCGGCUUGUAUCACAGAGACGGGCGGGGUGUAUAUAAAUGAUCUCCGCGUUCCGGUGGCCGGUUACUAGCGGGAUCGGAUCCCCACCCGCAGGUCACCGACGGCAGGCAGUUGCGUCACAUAGCUUGUGUGUAACUUUUAGAUACUCGAGCUAGAGUCGCAUCUUAUCCUUAUCAAUAUUUUUUUC